AUGGCUAGUGGUCUCACAGCUGCCGCCCGUUAUGGUGCCCAAAGUGUAAACCAAUUGGCCGGCUCCACCUCAUCUUUGCGUCGAACACUCCAGGCUAAUGGAAUCCGACGAUUUGCCCACCAGACACCGACUUUACCUCCCACCUCUCCUUUCGCCCCUCGUCAUCUUCUCUCCAUUGCAGACCUGACCCCUACGGAAUUCGCGACCCUGGUCCGCAAUGCUGCGUCGCACAAGCGUGCUAUCAAGUCCGGGGCCAUUCCCGAAAGCCUAUUGGGAUCUCUCUCCGGCAAGACCGUGGCCAUGAUGUUCAACAAGCGCAGUACUCGCACUCGUGUAUCCACCGAAGCCGCCGCCGUCCAGAUGGGUGGCCACCCCAUGUUCCUCGGAAAGGAUGACAUCCAGCUUGGUGUCAACGAGUCGCUAUACGAUACCUCCGUUGUGAUUUCCUCCAUGGUCUCGUGCAUUGUCGCACGUGUCGCCAAGCACGAGGACGUCGCAGGUCUGGCACAACACUCCACCGUACCUGUGAUUAAUGCACUUUGCGACUCCUUCCACCCUCUCCAGAUCAUCGCCGACUUCUUGACCAUCCACGAGAACUUCCCGGCCCACGCGCACAAGCUCUCCGGCCUGGGCCUGGAGGGUCUUAAGAUCGCUUGGGUUGGUGAUGCGAACAACGUUCUGUUCGAUCUGGCCAUUGGUGCUACUAAGAUGGGUGUGGACGUGGCUGUUGCUACUCCUAAGGGCUACGAGAUCCCUGCGCAUAUGAUUGACAUCAUCCAACGCGCUGGUGAGGGAGUUGACAAGGCUGGCAAGCUCACCCAGACCAAUGUCCCCGAGGAAGCCGUCAAGAACGCCGACAUCCUGGUUACGGAUACCUGGGUCUCCAUGGGCCAGGAGGAGGAGUCUAAGAAGCGCAUGAGGGCCUUUGAGGGCUUCCAGAUCACUGCUGAUUUGGCUAAGCGCGGUGGCGCUAAGGAGGGCUGGAAGUUCAUGCACUGCCUACCCCGUCACCCCGAGGAAGUGGAUGAUGAGGUCUUCUACGGCCCGCGCUCUCUGGUCUUCCCUGAAGCCGAAAAUCGGCUGUGGGCGGCUAUUGCCGCCUUGGAAGGCUUUGUUGUAAACAAGGGAAAAAUUGUGGAGUAA